AAAGUGCAGGAAAUUUAAAGGCUUUGGGUCCUUGCAAAGCAGACAAACUGGUGCCAACGUGCGUGGCUGCUGUUGCUGCUGAGGAGGCUGCUUUGCAAACGGCAGAGAGGAACGGGGAGGAAGAAUCGGCAGCAACUUCUUCCAUACGGACGGGCAGACAACGAGGAGCAGAAGCGGCAAACAGAGUUUGCAACAAAAAGAGGCAUCUGCCUUUCCUGGGGAAGGUGAAAAGAAGCGGCAGCAGCAGAAUUUUGGAGCGGCUCCACCAGGACGAAUUUUAUAGAGAAGCUUGCAAGAGAGAGCAUUUGCAGGGGGCUUGUUCUCCUGGCUUAUUAGGGGGCUGUCUUUGCUGGUGGUGCGGGGAGUGGAGGUGAUCCCCCUUAAAGACAAGCUAUUUUGGAUAUCCCCGUACAAGUUUUCUGAUGUAUUUGCUUGCACCUUCUUCCCCUGCUGUUUGGUGAACCCAGCCCCCCUCCCCCCCCCCCACCGAUCUCCCAAGGAUGGAUCAUUCCCAGUGCCUUGUGACUAUAUACGCCGUGGUGGUUCUGCUGGGUCUCCGGCUAGAGCAAGGCGCCUGCCAGCACUAUCUGCACAUCCGUCCGGCUCCCAGCGACAACUUGCCCUUGGUGGAUCUAAUCGAGCACCCGGACCCUAUCUUUGACCCCAAGGAGAAGGAUCUUAACGAGACCUUGCUCAGGAACCUCAUGGGCGGACACUUCGACCCUAACUUUAUGGCUAUUUCCUUGCCCGAGGACCGGCUAGGAGUAGACGAUCUGGCCGAGCUGGACUUGCUGCUCAGGCAGAGACCCUCGGGAGCGAUGCCCAGCGAAAUCAAAGGGCUGGAGUUUUACGACGGGCUGCAGCCGGGCAAGAAGCACAGGCUAAGCAAGAAGCUGCGCAGGAAGCUGCAGAUGUGGCUCUGGUCCCAGACCUUCUGCCCGGUCCUAUACACGUGGAACGAUCUCGGCAGCCGCUUUUGGCCCCGGUAUGUCAAAGUGGGCAGCUGCUACAGUAAAAGGUCUUGUUCAGUCCCAGAAGGCAUGGUUUGCAAACCUGCCAAGUCCGUGCAUUUAACGAUCCUGAGGUGGAGGUGCCAGCGCCGGGGAGGGCAGAGGUGCACGUGGAUACCCAUCCAGUACCCCAUCAUUUCGGAGUGCAAGUGCUCCUGCUAGGACUUGCACUUACCUUUUCUGCCCCCUCUCUAGCGGACUCACGUGGACCUUUGCUGCAACAAAAAUAAAAGACAUUUGCUUUCUGGUUAACGUUGUAAUGCACUGUAACGUGUAGGAGAAUGUAUAUUGUGUGUAUAUAUGGCACCGUUUUAAUAUACUAUUAAAAGGUCAGUAUUAUACGUGAAAUAAUCAGCGUCUACUGUAUUUUUAAGACUAUUACCCUGA